UUUGAUAUAAACACCAUGGAGGUCUUAUAUGCAUAGCCAACUCUGCGGCGACCGGAGAUAGCGCUGGCUGGCACGACGCGGUCGCUUCGGAAAACCAAACUCAGUGCUGUCUCAACGCUCAUUCAGAAAUGUCUGCGAAGCAAAACGAUAAAUCAAAAUGGCGAAGAAGGAAAUGCACGAAGUCACCAGUUGUAGACAACGACUGCGUAAGCCUGGCGUGGCUUCUAAAUUUUAGAUUAGAUGAAAUAGUUAAGGUGAAAGUUCCGGAUGAUGACGAUGUGGUAGAGUCGAAGACUGAAGUACCCGAUACUCCGCCCGCAGUGAGAAAGCCGCCAUACACGUACCCAGAGCUGAUCGAAAAAGCUUUGAGAGAAAAAGGAGAAUUGACAGUAUCGGCUAUUUAUCAAUGGAUUUCUGAUCGCUUCCCCUAUUAUAAAGCGAACGAUGAUCGCUGGAAAAACUCUGUCCGGCACAACUUAUCCAUCAACCCGUACUUCCGCAAAGGAGCGCGUGCUCCACAAGGCGCCGGCCACCUGUGGUCGCUCGCCGCCAACGCCAUUGACCUGCUACCACUCAGGCCUGAUGCCGAUAAGAAGACUGAAGUCGUUCACGAAGUGCAUAUCAUUGAAUGUCCUAAGGUUAUAGUUUUAGACGAGGCUGCGAUCGCCGCGGCCAGUAUUAUUCCCGAACACGAUUUAUUUACCGGUAGUACAAUGUUCCUGAACCCCGUGUCAACGGAGCAAGUCGUACGAGAGUGUGGACUCAUCACUGUAGAUUAAUGUGUAUAGUAUUCGUAAAGGCUUUCGAAAACUUUGAAUAGUCGCAUUACGUUGACGCAAAAUAUUAUCAGAUUUCAACAGAUUUCUGUAGUUGCAAUAAACUUGUUUAAAAUUGAAUAUCUUCAAGUAUUAUCUAAUUUUAUGGGUCGAGUUUAUUAAGUAAAUAAAAUAUUGCGAUUCCUUAUUAAUUGGGGUUGUCAUAAUUUUAGACAAAGGAUUAUAUUAUAUACCUGCUUUAUAGUUUUCUCUUAACGUUAAUGCCAUUAUUCAAAUACUAGUAAUUU